AAAACAAAAUCAUAAAUAGGAAAACAGCAACGAGAGAGAGAGAGAGUGAGAACAAGGAGCCCGGAACAAGGAAGGUGACAAAGACAAAGCAAGCAAAAGUAAAAAAAUCAAUCCCCGUUGUGAAGUAGAGUGUAUGAGUGUAAUCAUUGAGGUAGCUAACACUAGUAGUAGGAAACCAGAACCAGAGACAGAGGCAGAGGCAGAUAGAGGCAGUAAACGUCGUCGCAUCCGUGUCCGUGUUUGGGAUGGCAAAACAUCAUCAUCGUGUGCAUCGAUCGAUCGACCAUUAGUGUAGAUUGGUCAGAGUAGAGAGAGCAAUGAAGCAACAUGUCGAGAAGCGCAAUCGAAGAUAAAAAGAUGGUGGCUUCAAAGUGAUCUCUUCUUCUGCUUCUGCUGUUGCUGUGGGAACAAGUACAUCGAACACGAACGAACAUGAAUGCAGCUGAUAGCUGAUAGCAAAGAAGGAAAGUGGAGAAAGAGUAAUAAGAUGUCACAUAAGAAGAGGAGCCAGAUAAGGACGACGGAGACGACGAGAAACGGAGUUAGAUCACAUUUUAAAAAGAUCCAGUUCAGAUUCAGACUAGACACGAAACCGGCCAUUAGCAAGGUCCAUUCGAUCACCCCCGUAAACCCUUCAUCCAAGCGACAAUGGCAUUGCAGCAUAUGGAAAGAGGAGCGGAUGGCUUUGCUUCUCGCUAAGCGCAACUCCAGGAAUUCCCGCAAUACAGCACACCAUCAAUCGUCAUCAUCAUCGUCAUCGAAAGCACCACAACACACAUCGUGAUCCUGAUUAGCAUAGCAGCCCCCGUUUCCCUAUACCCCGCCCUUUUUAUCUACACCACUAAGCAGCGUGCCCAUUUCAUUCUAACAUUACCGCAACACGGACGGACAACGUGGUUUGGGGAUGGCCUGCAGCAUGAGCAUUUGUGCACAUCCCUUCUAUUGCUGCUGCUGCCGCCGCUGCCAGUCCGAGCUUUUCGCGUGCAAAAACACAAACACACACACACACCUGAAACAUAGCAAAACGAAGGAAUAACAAACAAUGGAACAGAACAUAGAACAAGCCACUAGCCGGCAUUAGCAAAAAGAAGAUGUAGAGAAGAAAAAGAGAACAAGAGAGAGAGAGAGUGAAAAAAUGAAGAAACCGAAACGAAGGACGAUCGAUUGAAACAAAUUUCGCCAAAUCUGUGAUAUUUUAGCGUGUAAGUGCUCAAGCGAAUGGAUUUCAGAAUGGAACCGUGGUAGUAGUUGUGGUGCUGGUGGUAGUGGUGAUGGUGAAGAAAGGUAGAGUAAACACUGUGAAACACUAGGACACUAGAGAAGAGAUGAACAGAAUGGAGAAAACAGAGUAGCGGUAGUACCGAGUAGUAGCGUCGAGCGUAGGGCAGAGUGAGUAGAGAAGAAUGUAACGAAGGAGACUUAGCUUUAGGUUGGGUUUUUUACGUUUUCGAACCUUAAGGACUUUUAACGAACGAGCGACCGUGGAGACUGCUGCGGUGUCUGAGUGAGGUGAGUGCGAGUGUGAGGUGAGGUGGCAUGUAAA